GCUCGUCAAUAGCAGCGGCGGCAAGGUCGGGGUCAGAUCAGAGCGCUGAUAGGCGCGGCAAGCCGGCAGCUGCCGUUCGCUCAUGGCGCGGCCGCACGGGCUCGUGGCGCGGCACUCAGCAGGCCGCGACCAGGGUGCUCGCCGUCGUCGCACCUCCGUCUGGCGGUCCGUGCAUCCGCUAGGUUCGCCGUGGACAAUGGCGCCGCCGCCUCUCCUCGCGUCGCUGCUGCUCGCCGGGCUCGCGCUGCUGCUGGCCGCCGGCGUCGCGGAGCGCAAGCCCCACGUGAACCACGGCAAGUUCAAGGACGGCCCGUGGACGGUCGGGCACGCGACGUUCUACGGCGGGCGCGACGGACCCGGCACCACGGACGGCGGCGCGUGCGGGUUCAAGGACGCGCUGGCCAAGGACUACGGCCGCGCUGACGGCUGGCCAAGGACUCGGUUUGGGUUUGGUUUGAACGGCAAACGGAUAGGGUUUAGUUUUUUAGGCAUGUAGUUUGGUGUGGUGCGGUUUGAUCAGUGGGAACAUUAGUAAAUAAUUUGGUGCGGUUAUAGUCCGGGUCUCAGACCACCGGCAGCUUGAGGUACGAGGGUUAGUAUUGCAUCUGUCAUCGUCGAGUUCGUGACGUACAAGCGCUUCAGUUCAUCAGAUGGAGCCCCUGUACUUGUACCUGUGUCAUCAAGCCCAUCGAUCUGCAUCUACCAGGCACAAGCAGCUAGACUAACGUUGCUUGCA